AUGUUCACAAAGGCCUGUGGUCAAAUCAUCUGCCUUGUGCUGCUGAUAUCAGCCCACUUGGCCCAAUCCGCGGCGACGUUGGACAGUCAACAGUGCACACAAGGAGUCUACAAGUUCCUGGUCCCAGCCCUGUCUCAAGACUCUAACGUACACAGCUUCUGCGACCAGUUACCCACUCGAGCAAAAUUCUCCGCCUCGAAGGGCCCGAAGUCAUUGCGAUCUCUGGCAUACCCCGGCGUGCAGACGUUCUGCGCCUGUCUGAAGAAAGCAUGCGCAACGCCUUCAUGCCCCCGCGGGACCACGCUCUGCCCGGAGACAUGCGGUGGCUGCUGUGCAAACUUCAACACGGAUGCCCGGCACUGUGUGUGCGAGAGGCCAACAUCAAUGGAAGAACAUUCCGUCGAACCUGCGGCAGCCGAAUCACUAGCGGUAUCAGCAAUGGAGAAGCUACUCUCCGAACCCUUGAUUGACCAGUGCAGAGAGGCAUGCGCCAACAGCGGAGACGGGGUGACUUCCUGCUAUGCUUACGACUACGACUACUUCAGGUCGGAGUGUCGGUUCUACAGCAGCACCGUCGAGUCGACUGCGGAUUCAGAUCAUGAAUACGGUGUUACUGUCGCACGAGCGUCCGCGGUCAGCCCAUCAUCAUACACUGAGGGCAGCUUCUGUAUCGGGGGUUUCUUAAUAAGCCGAACCUGCGGCAGACGUAUCUCUCUCAGCGAUAGCCCCGAGCCUGUGGGCCAGACGAAUGUCGACGACUGCGCUGCGGCAUGCGUCAAGGAAGGCGGUUACAGCUGCUUUUCUUACGAGUUCGACUUUGCCUCCAACGAAUGCAGCCACUACCAAAGCGGGCCCAUCGAGACCGUACCGGACCCGGAUUAUGCAUAUGGUGCUCUCCAAAGUCCGUACAUCUGCUCAGAACCUACCACGACCCCCAACCCACCCGCGCCGGCGCUACCCGGCUGCGUCACCAAGAACAUCUGCACCAAUGGUCUAGAUUUCAACCAAUUCUGCGGCAGCCGAAUCACCGCUGGUUCUAUGGGAAAUGCCAGCUAUGGUUAUUUCAGUGUCGACGACUGCAGAGUGGCAUGCGCCAGGUUGCCCGGCGCAAGCGGAAGCGGGCUCCCUGGCUGCACUGCUUUCGACUACGACUACGUGUCGUUCAAGUGUCAGUUCUACACCAGUCCAAAUGGCCUGUCGACUGUACCGGAUGGGUAUCAUGUAUACGGAUACGUCGACGGACCGUGCUGA